GGCGGAUCGUCUGGGGCCAUGAGGAAGUUGGCUUCUAGCUUCCUUCUCUCGCUCCUGAUGGGUGAGGGCUCCCCAGAGUCCUCCCCUUACGGUUUCCCAAACACUUCCUGGCCUCGCCACCUGGCUCCUGUGGUCCUCCCCCAUCACACCAUCACCCCCUCACCCCAGUUCCCGGGAUCACACCAGUGCUUCUGGACCCUUACCCUUGGAGCCCUGUUCGAAAGGGGUCACCGCUUGCUGGAUCUACCCAGUGUCCCGCGGGGUCCUGGGUUUGUUUCAGCCAUUGCUCUGUCGUCUCCACCCCCCCCCCCCACCCCAGCAGCCCUGCUCCUGCCUGUCGCACCUGCCCCAGCCGAUGAUCCAGACCCAGUGAAAGGCACCCCCCUCUCUGGCCCCGAGUAUGAGCUCUUCUUCUCAGAGUUGACCCCAACCUGGAAGGCAGAGACCUGUUGCCGCCUUCGCGCCACCCGGGGCUGCCUGAACACCCUCAUCCUCAAGAUGGACAUGGCUGAGAACCACGGCAUGGUGCCAGACGGCGCUGUCUGCACCGACCUUCCCUACGCCUCCUGGUUUGAGUCCUUCUGCCAGUUUGCUCAGUACCGUUGUUCCAACCGAGUCUAUUAUGCCAAGAGAGUCGCAUGUUCCCAGCCUGUGUCAGUUCUCUCCCCGAGCUCUUUCCAGGAGGGAGACUCUUCUUUUGAAGUCCCGUCCACCACGAUGGCCUCUCCCUCCACCACCUCCCAUGCCACAGCCACAGCAACCAGAGACCGGCAAACCUUACAACCCUGGCCUGAGCGGCUUAACAACAAUGUGAAAGAGUUGUUGCAGUCUUCCCUGUCCCUGGGAGGCCAGGAGCCAGGGUCAGAGCACAAGCCCUCAGGGCCUGGGCAACAACACAAACAGGAACAAGGGCUGGAGCACAAGCAGGAGGAGGGACUGGAGCAAGAAGAACAGGAGGAGGAGCAGGAGGAGGAGAGCAAGCAGGAGGAAGGACAGGCCACAGAGGAGAGCCUGGAGUCUGGGCUGCAGAGAAACUCUAAGUCGGACUUGAAGGCUGCCCUCCUGUCCUCUGACUCUUUCUCCUUCACUCCCCGGGUGCGGGAAGCGGAGCUGCCUCCCAUAAUGAUGGAUAACAUCCAGGAGCUUAUUCGAUCAGCCCAGGAAAUGGACGACAUGAGUGAUCUGUAUAAUGAGGGCUCCACCUGGAAAAGCCAAAGUCCUGGCAGCCUCCUGCAGAUUCCUCACAUGGAUGCCUUGCUGGUGCUGUGCUAUUCAAUUAUUGAGAACUCCUGCACCAUGACACCCACAGCCAAGGCCUGGCGACACCUGGAGGAGGAGAACAUGGGUUUUGGAAAGAUGGUCUGCGACAGCCUGGGACGAAAACAUGCAUCCACCUGUGAGCUCUGCGCCUUCUGCUCCCUGAAGCUGGAGCAGUGCCACUCAGAGAUCAACCUGCAGCGCCAACACUGUGAUAGCUCUCACAAAACCACCUUCACCAGUCCCCUGCUCAACGCCCAGGCCUUGUCCGUGGGCACCCAGGCUGGCAAGGUGUCCCAGGGCCGUUUUGCUGGGCUGGAUACCUAUGGGGGGCUCCGCAUGGACUUCUGGUGUGCCCGGCUCGCCACCAAGGGCUGCGAGGACAGCCGUGUGGCAGGCUGGCUCCAGACAGAGUUCCUCAGCUUCCAGGAUGGCGACUAUCCAACCAAGAUCUGUGACACAGACUAUGUGCAGUACCCAAACUUCUGCGCCUUCAAGAGUCAGCAGUGUCUAAUGAGAAACCGGGACCGAAAGGUAUCCCGCAUGAGGUGCCUGCAGAAUGAGACGUACACUGUCCUGAGCCAGGAGAAGAGCGAGGACAUCGUGCUGCGGUGGAGCCAGGAGUUCAGCACCUUGACUCUGGGCCAGGCUGGCUGAGCUUGGGGAGUGGGGUAGUCCUGGCCCUGCCCCAGCCCCAAAUAUCCACAGUCUCCAUCACAUUAGGACCCCCUGUCACUCUGCUCUGAGGCUGCCCCCAACAGGCCUCCUCAGCAUGCCCCUUGAGUCAGGCCACAACCCCAGAGAGGUCCCCUAUGGAAACCACCUAGCUUCAAGGAUAUCUUGACAUAAAGUAUUUAUUUUUAA